AAUCGAUCCCUUUCUCUAAUGCUUUGUUCCCUACUACUGUUUUCGCUUCUCAAAAGACUCAUUCUGGGUAUUUUCAACGAAUCAGCCAAUUUAGAAGAUUAGAGCGCUGCUGCUCGAAAGCGUUGCCUUUAGAUAGGAACGAAGUAAAUUAAGCGCACGUCUAAUUGACUUCAACGCUUCAGUGAUGCUUGCGGCGAUCCGACGACUUCCACAAUCUGCUGCUCCGUGGAUAUCCAUUUGUCGACUUAGCACUUCUGCCAACAAUGCGGAAACGUUCUACUAUAAAGAUCUACAGAUCAAAGAAGCCUCACCUGGACAGCGAAAACCACUGCCGAAGAAGGAUCAACCACUCGGAUUUGGGGUAAUAUUUUCCGAUCAUAUGCUAGAAGUAGACUAUGAGCGUGGCAAAGGAUGGACAAAACCAGUCAUACAUCCAUACCGCAACUUUUCACUUGAUCCUGCAGCGAAGGUGCUACACUAUGCUUGUGAGCUAUUCGAAGGGCUAAAAGCGUACCGUGGCGCUGACAAUCGUAUUCGCAUGUUUCGUCCAGAGCUAAACAUGGCCAGGAUGAGAAGGUCUGCCAAGCGAAGCACGCUACCAGAUUUCGAUGGAAACGAACUAUUAGAAUGCAUAAAAGAACUGAUACGCAUCGAUAAGGAAUGGGUUCCACGACAGAAAGGAGCUUCACUUUAUAUCCGACCAACAAUUAUUGGAACUGAACCUAUGCUUGGUGUGCAUGUUUCCAGUACAGCAAAACUGUUCGUCAUUAUUGGUCCAGCCGGAGCAUACUUUGAUACGUUUGAUCCGGUUACCCUAUUAGCUGAUCCGAGAUACGUUCGAGCGGCCAAAGGAGGUGUUGGAGAAUACAAGAUGGGAUGUAACUACGCUCCGACGCUGAUGCUUGGCGGAGUAGCAAAAGAAAAAGGAUGCCACCAAGUUUUAUGGCUUGCAGGACCGGAGCACUACGUCACCGAAGUUGGAGCUAUGAACUUCUUUAUGUAUUGGAAAAAUGAGCAAGGAGAGGACGAACUGAUCACUGCCUCACUCGAGUCAGGUAUAAUUCUACCCGGAGUGACACGCCAGUCAAUAUUGGAACUUGCAAGAGAGAUGGGUGGCUUCAAAGUGACGGAGCGCGAUUUCACUAUGGACGAAGUACGAAAAGCUGUGAAAGAGAAACGAGUGUAUGAGAUGUUCGGUACCGGAACAGCCGCUGUUGUGACACCAGUCGAUAAGAUUGUCUUUCAAGCUGAAGGGAUAGAAGACAGGCUGGAAGUCCCGGUGAAGGAUGAUGAGAAUUCGCUGAUGCAGAGGUUGUUCAAGACAAUCACGGACAUACAAUUUGGGCGAGCAAAACGUGCGGGCUGGACGGUCGACGUUUGCUAGAUACAUAAAUUAUGAUCAAGACCUGAGAAGCAGUCACGCUAGAUAGCUUAGUUUAGCAGAUUAUAUGAUAGUCGUAUUUACUCCACUUCAGUAAUGCUAGGAUGUAUCACGCCUGAUCAUUCGGUUCCAAAUUGAUGUUGUGAAUGCUUUAGUCUAUUAUGUCAGCGUAGACGUAGGCAUUUGCUAGCGCUUAGCAUCUAGUUCGGAUCUCUUUCAGUGGUGGAGCAAGUGUGAGCUGACUGCUAAAAUUCUGCCAGAUCUUGUGAACAUAGUCAGAUGCUAUAUCGCCAAUAGAUAUUACGCUCUCCAACUCUUGAAAAUCAUAUGAUAUUAUGG